UCUAACCGGAAGGGAAGGCCGGAGCCCAAGAAGAAGACGAAGAAGAAGAAGAAGAAGCAGGAGAGGAGGAGGAAGAAGAAGAAGAGGAAGAGGGAGACCGCCGCUGAUGUGAACGGCGAGAGACGAGAAAAGUCAUCUCCCACUGGUGAGGCCUCCUCUUCCUUCAGCACAUCCACCUACCUGACCUGACCUGACCUCAGUCCUCCCCCUGUCCAGCUCAUCUCCUCCAGCCCGGGCCUGAAGCCACCCGUCCAUCGGCUCCUUCUUCCUCUCAGCUCUUGGCACUUGCAGCAUGGCGGGGCGCGGCGGACCGGCGCGGACCAACGGCACCGCGGCCAGCAACAAAAUCUGCCAGUUCAAGCUGGUGCUGUUGGGAGAAUCGGCGGUGGGGAAGUCCAGCCUGGUGCUGCGCUUCGUCAAAGGCCAGUUCCACGAAUACCAGGAGAGCACCAUCGGAGCGGCCUUCCUCACACAGACGGUAUGUUUGGACGACACGACGGUCAAGUUUGAAAUUUGGGACACUGCAGGACAGGAGCGGUAUCACAGCCUGGCGCCGAUGUACUACAGAGGAGCGCAGGCAGCUAUCGUGGUCUACGAUAUCACCAACACAGACACAUUCACACGUGCAAAGAACUGGGUGAAGGAGCUGCAGCGACAAGCCAGCCCCAACAUCGUUAUUGCACUGGCCGGAAACAAAGCAGACCUGGCCAACAAGAGAGCUGUCGAUUUCCAGGAAGCACAAGCAUAUGCAGAUGACAACAGUUUGCUCUUCAUGGAAACCUCAGCCAAGACAGCGAUGAAUGUCAAUGAGAUUUUUAUGGCUAUUGCCAAGAAGCUUCCAAAGAACGAGCCUCAGGGUGCGGCGGGCGGUGGCGGUCGAGCCCGAGGAGGCGUGGACCUGCAGGAGGCUGCCCCGCAGGGCCGGAGCGGCCAGUGCUGUGGGGGCGGAAACUAACGCAGCCAGCCAGCCAGACCAGAUAUCAACCAGCCGUCAAACAAUGUCCCGUCGGUCGGCCGGACCAGUUACCCCACAAGCAAACACGGCACCAGUUAACUGUUUCGGAGUCCGCCGGCCGGUGACCCGCCGCACCGCGCCGCCGGAUCCCACCCCAGAACCGCCACACAAUCAUGUCUCAAGUCCACAACUCUGCCAAUCUGCGACCUGUCUGGACGCUCGGCGUCCACUUGGGGAAGCAACCAAUCAUGGAGGAAACAAAACGAUAGAUCAGUAAUUGCAAAAUUCUUGUUCAUUCCUGGUUUCUGUGUUUGUGUAGAUGAAAAUUAAAUUGAUUAUUGCUGCAGGAAGGAGUUUUAAAAAAAAAAAGAAGAAAAAAAAGAUUGAUUGGCCAUGUUCCUUCUCUUCUAACAUCGACUUCCUGUGAAUUUCCAUCCUGGUCUGACGCUGCAUGCAGCAUCCUUCCGUGUUUCUGUCCUGUUCCUGGAAAAGAGAGAGAGGCGGCUUCUAGCAGGAGAGCAGCGGCGGACACACACUUCCUUCUUGAUAGAACUGUAUAGAUUGAAUCACCACUAUCUUUAUUUUCUUUUGACACAGACUGGUCAGUAUGAAUUCAAAGCCGACACCUCAAGGUUCUACAAUCAUUGUUUAUUUUUUUGUCUGUUAUCAGACCAUAUACAGAAAGUAGUACUUUAACAAUGUCACCCAUAUGUAAUUUUAGCAUUAACGUGAUGUUUUUGAAUCAUCAGUGUAAAAUGGCAAAUACUCAAAGCAAGACUUGUUUUCUUGACCAGAACUACAGCUGUGUGUUGAAAACAUCUUUGCUGUAUUUGACUUCUCGAAAUUAUAAUGAAUCUGUAGUUAUUGUCAAAACAAUAUCUUCUGAAUCUCUACAUGAUCUUGUGUCAACCUUAAUUAUGUUGUGAUGUUUUUUUGUUUUUUUAUGUCUUAAUUUUUUUUUUCUCUCUCUGAAAAUCUGUUGUAUUAAAUGCACUGGUCCUGUCUCAUCAUCUUUGUGAAUUGAGAUGUUAUCCUCAGCUUUUUUUUUUUCUUCUUUUCUGUCUUUCUACUCUUCAUAUCAGGGAGGGAUUUCGUUCAACAAUGUUGUCGUCAUGUUAUGGCAUCAACAACUAGCACAACCGAACCUGUAUAGCAGCUGCUGCUGUCUGAUGGGUGAACGCUUGGAGGGUGCGGUCAUGGGUAAAGGAAAGAUAAUGUAAUUUUACAAAUAAAUGAGGGGAAGGUA